AAAUAUUAAGUUCUUCAGGUUUUCAAGGAUUUCUGGAGAAAGCUUGAGAACCAGAAAAAUAGUUUUAGUCCAUGAACUCCCAGGUUUUUGAGAAAUUCUGGAUACAAAUUUACAAAUAAUUGUUUUAAGAAAAAAAAGCUUAAUCUAAAGCUGUUUCUGGACUCUCAUUUUAGGCUUCUUUAUCUUCAUUUUAAGAUAGUUUUUUAUUCAAGACUUUUGAAUUAGUCGGAGAAGAGACUGGAGAGGAGAUAUAGACGUUGAAGUAACAAAACAUUGAAUUCCUGACAUUCAGGAUCAUGUUAUUUUAAGUACGAAAAAAUUACUAUUUUUAUGAUAAAAGUUCCUUAAAACCAGGGCAUUUUAGUUUAAAAAUAGAAUAAAUUUUCUCUUCUAAACAAAAGCCUCGAAGUCUAAACUUAUUCACAUCCAUUCGGUCAACAUUUUACCUACGGCUUUACCGGUUCCACAGCAUUCGGCUCUAUUUUCAUGGCUUAAGUAGAUUACGAGAUACGACCUACUGAUGCUUCUGGUCAUCGGUCGGUACGCUAAUACCACGGAAUAGCACGGUUCCGAACGGUUGACGCAAAGUUGAAGCGUUUUUUUUCAUUCUUGUGCCCACCGAACAAUGAUGUUGUGAUGGUCUGAUAACCGUAUACUAUCCAUUGUCGUUGUCUCCUGUGCGCGAAAAACCCCCUCAAGGAUAUUUUUUUCACCAGGUUUUGUUUUUGUUUCUUUUUGCUUUCGAUCCGUUCGCAUGAUGGCUGACUGUCAUGGGUCACUUCCGGUAGAAAGCAGCGGCAAAUGGAAUCCCUUUUUUUGUAUCGUACGGUACGGGUUUUCAUGAAUGAUUGCUUUAAAUAGCUUCGCCCAGUGCGUACCCUUAGGGAAGAGUUUGACUAAAUGCCAUGUUAAUACGAUUUCCAUACUAAUUAUUAUGCAGAUUUAAAUUCAUUAUAUUAUUAGGUGGUAUGACCUUACGGCAUGUUUGAGGGUGAGAGUAAUUUAGGAAUAUAAAGGUGUGUGUUUUAAUUAAAUAAAAAAUUGCAUCACACACUGUAGACCUUUUGAGUUUAACGCUAUUAUAACUAUACUAAGUCUAAGCUUUUUUAAAAAUAUAUUUAUUCAAUUUUAAUUUUCGUUUUAAACAAUAAAAAGAAAGCAUAACAGUUAUUUUGCUCGUCCCCCCUCAAUUUAGAUCAUUCACAAAAAUAGUUUCUCGUUAAAAUUUCAUCCUUGACGCUACCAAAACAUGGCCAAUUGGCACGUACUGGUACGGCGCGUAAUUUACGCCACUUCCGAUUGCUGUUUUAAUGCUUCUUUCCCUAUCUUUUCCCCCGCUUUCGUAAAGUUAUAUCCUUUCUUGCUUGUUUUCGUUUGAAAUUUUUAGCUCCGUACAUCGCGCUAACGAUUCGAUCGUAAGCAGCGUUCUAACCGUGGCAAUAUGCCAUUAACAGUACGAGAAUCGAUGCAAAUUGUGAAACUAUUGCACAAUUUCGAAGCCCAUCUUCGGCUUCUGCCGCUUUCCACUGCUGGCUGGAUACCGACCAUUAUCCCAUUUGCCAAACGGGAAUUAAUUGGAUUCGAACACUUGAUUUUUAAUUUCCCACCCCUUCGUACGUUUUGCUUGCUCUGCCGCACGUUCACCGGUACGAAGCCUCAUUUCUCCUUCAUCGUCUAGGCUGCAAAACAUCUUUUCGCAAAAAUUCGUUUUUGCAUAAAGCUACCACUAGCACUGGCUAUUUGUUUGUGGCAAUAAUCGUUUCACCUUCACCAUCUAAGACCAUCUCAUCCUUCCCCGGGGUUUUUUGGGAGAACAUUCAAGGCGAUUGAACGAAUGGCUAAUAGAUUUUCCCUAUUGCCAAGGAUUAGGGAACGCUGGACGGUGUGAAGAAAUGGAAAAAGAAUGAAUAGGAAAUGAGGCAAAGAAUAUAUCAAGAUUCUUGAGGAAGUAUAAGAUAUAAAACUUUACUCGAGAAUGCUCACUAAGGUCUGGGUUCCACUUCUGUGAUUUCCAUUUAAUUAAAUUCUGAUUUACGGAAACAGAAACUUGCUUCGGUUAGUGGUUUGUUUGGAUUUCAAUUUCGAAAGCACAAUUUAUCGAUGUUUGUUGGAAAGAAUAAAGAAUAUUGGAAAUAGUUUAGAAAAAAAAAGAUCUCAAAAUAUUGAUUAUUUUGAACGAAGCCUUUUUAUGCCUAAGUUUCGUUGAACAACUUGUGCAAAUAUUUUAACUUAACCUUAAAUAGACAUUUUAUAAUUAAUUCUAAACAUUAAACAUUAUUAUUCAGAGGUUUAAAGAAUCUAUCCACUUCUUACAUAAAUCGAAAACGGGUUUCAUGAAGCUGAUCUAAAAUAAAACUGAGGUGGGAUCUACUUAAAGUUUUAUAUUAUGAGCUCUUCAAAACUCGUAAAGUCAAAUGUUGCUAAAUUUGUUCAUAAUUACCUAUAUGAUGUGAUUUUAUUUUAUUUUAUCUAUAAUAAACUGUAUUAUCUAGGAUCCCGCUCCUUCAGACUUUUUACUUAUUGAGGUCCACAAGUAUUGCUUUGGUCCAGCAGUACUUCUUGUCUAACGUAAACUACCAGCAUUUCGAUACGUAAAAUGAUUACUUUUUUUAAUUUAUUAAGUUCAUCGUUAAUAGACCGGAAGACUUAAUAGUAUGACACAAGAUGCGAAAAUGAAAAAAAAAAUAAUCUGAAUAGUUCCAUCUACCAAAGUCAUGGGUUGUAAUCCUCAUAAAUCUUCAUUCCCCGUAGAAAUCUAUGCAAUUUAGUAUUUUUAUAGUGAGCAAAAAAUCAGAUCGCAACCAUUUAAUCAUUCGUUUUGAUUAAGUGUCGUAUCGUAAGGAAAAAUGAUGCGAACAGAGAAACGAUCCUGAUCCAGCAGCUCAGCGGACGUACAUCAAUCGCAGCGCACCUGUCUGCUUGACAGCGAUGGCGUGCAAUGGCACCCCUAUGAAUUCGGUCAUUUUUUGAUACUUGUAGCAAGGCAAAAAAGAAAGACAAUGAAUUCUCCCACAUACCAUACGUUCGUCGUUCUUUUUAAUCGACAAUCUGGACGAUGUCAUUAUUGUAGUGUAUUUAAAUUUAUAGCAUCAUCUCGCAAAAAUAUUCCACCAGUUCAGAGGGAACAAUUCAUGCUUAACGAUGAUACACAAAAGCAUCACAAAAUGAUGCUGACAUUGAUAUAAAUCAAUUAUGAUUAUGUUGCAUCGCUCGGUUUAUGUUCCCCCCAACGAACAGUCGCAUACCGAAUAGAUGAUGAGUUGUCACUCGGUAACGUGUUUAAAGAUACGAAAAGUUCCAUUCGACCCUUUUUUGCAACGGAAAGACCGAAAUCCGAUCUAUUCAAAAAAAAAAGACACAACGAAAUGCGCACAUUGUGGAAGCAAUUUACACGCAAACCAAUUUAAUGAGCUUCCCAUCGGGGAAAAGGCGAUCGAAAUUGAAGGAUUAACUUACGCACGAGUAGCCUCACUUUGAGUCAACGGGACCGUUUAGCCGUUGCAAAUGGAUGGUGCAAAAUUGAACAACACACAACCCACCGGUGGAGGGAACAAUUUUUUUAAGCCAAAGCCACAUUUUAAUCAGCUUCCAGCGCAUUAAUGUUCAAUCAGGUGUGAGACCGUUUCUCGCGCUUAAGCUUCUUUCGUUUUGGUUUUCUAUAUGCGAGGGUGCGUUUGUGUUUAAUGGGAAACUUUAUUUAAUAUGCGGUGAGGGAACAUUUUAUAUAUGCUAUAGAAUAAAAUUGUUUAAAUAUAAAAUUAUUUUUUUUUUAUUUAUUUUAAAUAAUUAAACACAUAUUAAAAUUAAAGUACAAAAUUAAAGCACCAACGCAACUCCUUCUCUUUCAAACCAGCAUCACAAAAUGGAAAUCGUAAAUGAACCGUAAAAUGUUUAAUGAUUGGUAACAAUUGUGGCAAUCAUUUUAUGCCGUCUGUCCCACAUUGGAACCGGCAUUUUUUUUUUCGCGGCCGAAAACGACAUGAAGCGUGUGUGCGGUGCCAUCCUGCCGAAUGUCACCCACAAAUGGUGUUUUAUCGUGUGAGAUUUGUAGCGGAUGAAAAAGAGUUAAAAUAAGCAGACAAUCUCGCAUUGUGUGUUGUGUUUUUAAGCACAUUACUUUCAGCUGAAAUGAUGCAUCCACAUUGAAAUGAUUAUCCCUAACUGAUUGUAAAAUGUGUUGGGUACGAAUAGCGUUGCAGUAGCUGGGUUGGUUGUUUAUUUCUUUUCAUUAAUAAUGAAUCGCUUUCCGCACUGUUUACAUCAAUUGAUGUUCAACCACGAUCGUACUAAAUGAUCCGAGCUAGAUCUGUGUGUUUCAAAUGAUUUAAGUAAACAAUUAAAUGAAACAAAAAAAAUAUAAAAAUAUAAAAAUAUAAAAAUUAAAAAAAAAAAAUUAAAAUAAAAGUAACAAAAUAACAAAAAACAUAAACAAAAUAAAUAAACUUGAAAUGAAAUAAUGAAAAAAUAAUUAAUAAACAAAUUUACUAAAUAAAUAAAAUGAACAAAUAAGUGAAAUGAACAAAUAGAUUAAAAAAGAAAUAAGUAAACCAAUCAACUUAAUAAAAAAAUGCAUCUAAUUUAAAAAAAUAAAUUUCAAAAGCAAACAAACGAACAAGAAAUAAAGUACUAUUUCCAUUUGUGGGCCUAGUUGUUCCCAUGACAACAACAGGAGCUAUGCGGCUCAUAAUAAAUUAAUCCAAUUGAUACGGUACUCACAUUAUCAGCAUAAUUUUAAAAAAUCAAAAAACAAACCGAAAUGUUUAUUAAUCUUCGCUCCAUUAUCUGAUCGCGGUUAUUGUUGCACCUGGACAAAGGCCACACGAGUCUUUGUGUGCACUCGGUUUAUCUUGGCGAACUUCUUCCAGACGCGUCCCUUCCACUUGUCUGCCUUGCACGUCCAUCAUAAUUAUACUGCAACCGGCCCACUGACCUAUUCUAAUCUGACUCUGGUCUCUGGUGCAAAUAACCGGUUCCCGCACAGGAACACAAUAAAAUGCAUACAGAAUGCAAUCAUCAGUGCAUCGUUACGCUCGUUCAGUGUAACAUCGUUUUGCGAGCUCCUUCAAAGUUUAACCACGCGAAAUGGCACUUCCGGUCGGUAUACUACUUGUCUGUGGUGUGCUUUAUUUAGUAACAUUUCUUAUUAGACAACGGUACUAUUACUGGAAGCGUCGCAAUGUACCAACGAUUCCGGGCCCGUUUCCGCUCGGCAAUUUUGCGGGACUUCGGAACAAAUCCUUGGCGGAGGUUUCCAUCGAACUCUAUCGGCAGAUGGACCGUAGGGAACGAUUCUACGGCCUGUCGAUCAUGCUGCAACCGACCAUGAUGAUUACCGAUCUGGAUCUCAUCAAAACUGUGCUGAUCAAAGACUUUGCCUACUUCCCGGAUCAUGGCGUUUACCACAACGAACGCGUCGAUACACUCUCCUGCCAUCUGUUCUGUGUCGAGGGUGCCAAGUGGAAGAGUAUACGGUCGAAACUAUCGCCCACCUUUACCUCCGGCCGGAUGAAGGGCAUGUUUCCGAUUCUGAUGGAAGUGUCGAAAAAUUUUACCCAAUUUCUGCGCACGGAAGUGGGCGAUGCCGGCGGUGAGGUGGACAUGAAGGAUUGCUGUGCGCGUAUGAUGAUCGACAACAUUGGUGGCUGUGCGUUCGGUAUUGAGUGUAACAGCUUUCACGACCCGAACAGUGCGUUCCGCCGAACCGGUCAGCUUGUGUUUCAUAGUCCGCGACAUUCGCAAUUGAUCAGCAGCUUGCUGCGGCUGUAUCCCGUGAUUGGGCGUGUGUUCGGACUGAAGGUCAACCACGACGAGGUGAUUGAGUUCUUCACCGAGUUGGUAGAGCGUACCGUAGCGAUGCGUGAGAAUAGUUCCACCAAGCGUAACGAUUUGAUUGAUAUGAUGAUGGAGCUAAGGGCUGCCACGAACGGUGCCGCUCUCACGAUGAAGGAGUUGAUGGCGCAAGCGUUCGGGUUCUUCCUGGCCGGUUACGAAACAUCAUCCUCGAACGUGACCUUAUGUCUGUACGAGUUGGCACUUAAUGAGGAGUUGCAGGAACGGGCCCGAGCCAGUGUCCAGCAGGCUAUACAGAAGCAUGGUGCUAUAACGUAUGAAGCAUUGACGGACAUGGAGUACCUGGACCGUUGCAUCAAUGAAACGCUCAGAAUGUAUCCUCCGCUACCAAUUCUGCCACGUACUUCUUCGAAAGCGUGCAGAAUCCCCGACAGUGACGUUAUUAUACCACCGAACAUGAAGAUUCACAUCCCGGUGUACGCGAUCCAGCGCGAUGAACGAUACUAUCCCGAUCCGGACCGAUUCGAUCCGGAUCGUUUCACACCGGAACGCGUUGCUGAGCGACACUUUAGUACAUUCUUAUCAUUUGGUGAGGGACCGCGUAUUUGUAUCGGACAGCGCCUUGGUGUGAUGCAGUCUCGAAUUGGAUUGGCAACAGUAUUGGCUAACUUUCGGGUACGCCGUGGCCCCCGGACAAAGAUACCGCUGGUGUAUGCAAAGGAUGCGGUUACGCUGCAAUCACAGGAUGGGGUGUUCUUGCAGAUUGAGCCGUUGUAGGACAUGGUACUUAGUGGAGUGUGAUGAACAUUACACAAGCAUUAAUAUAACUCAUUUUAUUGCAGUUAAUUAAUUUUUUAUAAUUUUUUUUCUUAUGCAGACUAGUGAUAAAUUAGGAAAGUUAUAUUAGACAUAAACUAAAAUUAUGUAGAAAAUAAAAUAUUAUUCAAAUUACACGAAACAAUUCAAAUUGCCAAUUAAUUAUGAGAGUUGAAAAUACUUAACUGAUAUUCUUGAAAUUAAGAAUAUAAUUUUGAAGCCUGGGAUGGUUCUGGAAGACUGUGUAUAUCGCAACAACAACUUGCGCCGCCAAAAGGUGGAUUGAGGUGGAUUGAACCUCCAGAAAUCUUAGGGUUUGGACACAACACAUAUCUUGAGCUAGUAGCUCCCCAAACAUAGACUACAUCUGGACAACCUAUCGUUGCCUGAGAACGGUGAUCCAGUAUUUGGUGCUUACCUAAGGCAGACAAGCAAUAUCUAAACCCUUUGACAGAUUAUGAUUGAGAGAAUUCCGGAUGUAAAAGUAGCCGUGGAGUCACCUGCCAAAAAUUGUCGAUGGGUUUCGAAGAACAUUCCAAUGGCCACAAAAUUGAUGAAAAACAAGAUCCCACUC